AUCCACGAUUUCUCCAAAGGUACCAUGUCUAAGUUAGCACUCUUCAUCAGCUUUACCUGUCCAUACAGGUGAAACAAUAUUGCUGUCAUCUUUCUUCAAUCAUUAUCAUUAUGAUUUUAUCCCCAUUACACCCAUCUCUCUCUUUUUCUCCUAGUUUCCUUCCUUGCCUCUCUUCUCUUUCUCUUGCUAUUAUAUACAUAUUAUAUAUACAUAUGUAUUAGACAAUCACUUCACUAACAUGUUCUCUCUCACGUUCCCUCUCUGUUGCUAACACUCACAAAAGGGAGAUAAUUUCGUUAGCAACAGAAUAACAACAGCGUGACUCCUAUAAAUAUCAGAUGACACUGUUUGAGAAGGAUGUAUGAAAAUGAUUGUGACUUCCUCAUCGAUGAUUAUGGAAUAUUACUGGAUCGCUCCCCAGGCAGUCUGUUGUUAGAUGAAAAUGGCAUUGUGCAAGAUGGUAGAAAUGAUGGCCCAGAACACAGCAGCAUUUUUUGGCAGAGUGACGGGGGUUUCGGGGACCAUCCUGAAAUCUCAGACUUCAAGACUGAAAUGCAUCAGAACUUGUUAGAAGAAUGUGGCUUACCUGAAACCAGAUACUGUAUCAGUGAUUUGGAGUUAUCAGAUGAAGAGAAGAGUUUCCCAGACAAGUUAGAAAAUAUUUCUCCAGAUAUUCUUUUUGAUGACAGGAAUGGUUUUUGUCUUCAACUAAAUUGCCAAAGUGUGGAACUUAAACCCAGAGAUUCUGAAAGUUGCCAGAAAUACUCAUUGCAACAUUUUAAAGAAUCUUUAGAUGUUUCUAAAGACAAAUCCAAUAAUUCUUUUGAUGAAGAUCCUCUUGCUGCCCUCUUGGUAAAACAUGAAGAACCAUUUGACAUUCAUGAAAACAGUGAUGAAGUGUGCGAAGAUGGAGAAUUUUUAGGAAAUAAAGAAUUCUUUGUGAAAAAUUACUAUACAUGUUACCAAAAUCCUUCUGAAAUGGUUCGUAUUCCAUCAUUGGGUGGAAAAUUGUCAUCAUCUGCUGUGAAAGGGCUAUCACCAUCAGAAACUGGAAUGGAAAAAGAAAACUAUCCAAAUAAAGAAUUCUGUAGAGAAUCAGAUGAAGAUGAACUCUUUCUGAUAACUGGACAUAUUGAUUUCAGUGAAGAGAAACCAUUCCAGCAAGAAUCAGAAGAUCUGGCAUUGAGAAGUUUAAAAGUUUCAGAAUCUGGACAAAGAUCAGAUAAAACCAUUUCUUCAAAACAUAGCACUGAAAUUUUCCCAGAAAUAUUCAACGUUAGUAAUUCUGGUAAUGAAAAUAAUUUCAAUCAUUGUCGUUCAUCUGUGAACCCUGUUGAAGAUCUUCAAAUUCCAUCUCCCUAUGACAAGGAGCAAAUUAAAGAAACUGGAGAAUCCAAUCCUGACUUCACAUUUUGGAAUUAUUCUUCCACAAUCAAUUCUUCUGUCUCAGAAAAUAGGUUUAAUGAAUUGAAAGAUCAAUCACAAAAAUAUUUUGAUGACUGCACACCAAAUUUACAUGAUGUACACUGUAUCAAUACUACAGAUGGUCAGUUUGAUAUUGAAAGAAAGAACAUGUUUGCCCUUUCAGCUGUUCCACAAGACAAGAAUGAGAUUAAUUCCACAGGCAGACUACAUGCGAAUACAUUUCUAAUAAAGGAUUUCACCAAUUUGAAAACAAUGCAAAAUGAUUAUAUGGAUCAAGAACUGUCCAAUAGCAAAAGCGGAAUGACAGCUGAUGAAAUUUGUCAAGAAUUACCAGACAAAACAACCACCUCACUCAUCCAGCAUGAAUCUGCAGUUGAUGUGAGUAAUAAUUGUUGUAAGAGGAAGAAUUCUUGUGGAAAAAUGGAUAAAGUAGAGAAUAAAAUAAAAUUCCCAGAAAGUAAAGAAGUGACUCUUGAAGAAAGAGAAAAAGGAAAAGAUGGUGAGGUAAAAAAGGAAGAGGAAGUAGAUUCAAGAACUUGGCCAACAUCUGGGGAAAUUCUCAAGAGUUCCAGAAUUAAAAGUAAGAGUGUUACUGAUGUAUCAUGUCAUUUAACUCCUGUCAAAUCAAAACACAAAUCUCUUAUAGAACUUAACAAACUCCAGACUGACCAAGGAUCUUCUGAAAAUCUCUCUACUUUCUCUUCUGUUAUGGAACUGAAUGAUAAACUUGUUCAGGAAUCUGAAAAGAGGAGAAAAGCCACUGAACUUGUUGAAGAGUUACAGAAUCAGUACAGUGAUCUUCUCACACGGUAUGCCGAUGCUGCUAAUACAAUCGAUGAGAUGCGUUUAGGCGCCAGCUCUGCCCCGUUAUUGUCAUCUCGGAACGGAUCACAAACUUUUAUGAACAACAUAAAUUUCUGUCGCCCUCUGGUGACAUCAACACCUCUGCAUUCUGCCUUUUUGGCAAAUCAAGACAGCCGAAAUGAAGGGUGUAUGAAAUCUGGUUUCCAUGGAAAUAGUGAAUCAAAGAAAUUUCAACAAGAAGGGAAUCAUGACCUCGAAUCCCAAAAAUAUGUAUCAAAGGCAGAAAGUAUUAAAAUAACACUACUGAAGGAAGCAAGAAAUCUUGAGAAAAUGAUGAAUUCUCUGGAGACCUUGCUGGAGCAAAACCAAUUGACUCGCAAAGAACAGAAGAAAUUCAUUGAAAAAGUUUGCACGGAGCAGAACAAACAGCGCCGACAAUACCUUCGCAUUAAAGAAGAAUUUGUGAUUGGAAGUGCAGCCAAUGGCAACAUAUUUGAUGAAGACAAAGAACUGGAAGGGUACCUCUUUGAUCUCCAGAUGAGAUUUGAUGAACUUGAGGAUAAAUAUCAGACCUUACAGGACAAUCUGAAAGAGCCAUUUCAGUCAGGUGACAGUUGUAGUCCAGUCGAUAGUUUAGAUGGGACCAAAGAAAGUGAAAAUGUCCCAGAAGAUGGAAUGAUAAAUGACAGUUAUGAAGCAAGGAAAGGGAAGUUUCUGGUUCAAUACAAUGUAUUGAUGGAUAAAUAUUGGCAACUGAAGUUGAGUGGAAGUCUUGAUGAUGGGGACCAAGAAAUGAAGGAAAUCACAGAGAAAUUACGACAAAUAAAGAAAGAACUUUGCCAAAACGAACAACAUCAACAACAACAACAACAAAGAGAGCAUAACAUGUAA